AUGCUCAAGACGUAUACUUAUAAACUGCAACAGUGCGAUGAAGCAAGACCCAACUGUCAUAAAUGCAAAAAUUUUGGUGUCACUUGCAAUUUCAAUGCUACGAUUCCCGACCUCCAACCAUCUGGAGCCGGUUCAUUCAGAUUAGCUGGAUGUGAUGGAGGAGACGAAGCUUCGCAAACCUUUUUAGGUAUCACAAUACCAAAGUUUCUAUACCCACCAGUCGUCUCAUCAGAUCAUACUUCCGCUUUUCACCUUGAUCGACAAUGUAUCGCUCGUCUCAACAGAUUUCAGGAACGCACUGUCCUCUCCAUCGGAGCAGCACGAACUGCUAACCUGUACCAAGAGAUUGCAGUUAGGAUGGCACUUUCACAUCCUUACCUCAUGCAUGCUGUCCAGACAUUGACUGUAAAUCACGAAAGAUUUAUGUCCCGUCCAGUUCCACCACGAACAGCUACUGAAAUCCAUCAUUGGAGCCAGGCAGCAGUAUCUUUUCACCAGAAGUUGUCACUGCCUAUCAAACCAGAUGACCGCGAUGCUCUUUGGGCCACAGCGGCUCUCCUCGGUAUCAUGGCUUUCACGUCCAUUGAUGUUUCAACGCCAGAGGAUGCAUGGCCGUUUACCUCAGAUGCAACACAGGACCUAGAAUGGUUGAAUAUGAGCGACGGAAAAGUAGCUGUCUGGAACGCAACCGAUCCACUGCGGCCGGAUAGCGUCUUUGCUCCCAUUCGUGACGAGUAUUUGCACCUUUAUGGUGGUGUUACCAUCGAAGAGCUCUUCGGCAUCAAUGGCAUUCCCCAGGACUUUGUCCAACUAUGCCAGAUGAACGGCCUCUCCUGCACAAAGAGCAAUUCCUACUUCGCUGCCGUUCAUUCAUUGGCACCAUUGCUUCGAAGUGAAUGCAACUCCACAAACGCCACUAAAUUCAUGUCAUUUUUAUGCAGACUGAGUCCGGAAUUCAAGCAUCUUCUCCAGAUUAAAGAUCCCAGAGCGUUGUUAAUUCUCUGCCACUGGUACGCACAAAUGCGUAAUUAUCCUUGGUUUGUUGCCCGCAGGGCCAGGUUGGAAGGCCACUCGAUCUGUCUCUACUUACGCAGAUAUUGCUUCAAGGACACUUUGAUACAGGACAUGGUUUCCGUAUUGGAAUGA